GCGCCUUGUCGCUGUCAUCGCGAAGUUGACCGUCUCGUGUUCAACUGGAAACAUGUUAUUGAGUUUUAUUCCAAUUUUAUCUCAAAUUAAAUGUCAGGUGUCGAGUGCAUGUGUAAAAGAUUGCUUAACAAACAGUUUACCGUCUUGAUCUAGUGCGAAAUUAGCUGUUUUAUUUAGUAAAUUUAAGAAAAAGUUUAUUUAAUUGUCGACCAUGCCGAAAGGGAAACGAAAAGGAAAGUCUGAUCGUGGUCGUUUCGAUGGCUCUUUGCACACCUCGGACGACGAUUCGUACAAUGACAACAACAGCGUCAUCAGCAGCUACUCGGAGAAUAAGAGUCUCGAGGACGGCGAGGACAUCGAGGAGUUCGCUCACGAGCAGUUCGAGGAUAAACUGAUCGAGAUGUUGGACGGUUUGAGUCAGAAGUCGUCGCAGGGGAGGAUCAACUGUAUCCAGUCGCUCCGUAAAGCUCUGAUUAAGAAAUACGUCCCCAAUUUCGUCAAAGAGAGACACUUUACGAUCUGUGACAGUAUCGAGAAGAGCUUGAAGAAAGGGGGCGGUUUGGAGAAGGCAGCCGCCGCCGAGUUGGCACCCUUGAUUAGCGUGCAACUGGGGGAGGAAGAUGCGGGCGAGAUUGUCGAUAAGACCUUGAGACCCGUUUUGAUGACUGUGGCUUGUGAUGGCUCGGUUGGGGCGGCUGCCAGGGCCAAGUGUUGCCUCGCUUUGGGUAUGAUGGGUUUCCUGUCGGGCCGCCAACUGGGCGAUACUUUGUCUCUCAUGCAAAAUUUGGAAACCAUUUUCUCGGCCAGUUAUCUAAAAGGCGACGGCUCCAUUCCUAACGUAACUGCGGAAGUUGCGAACUUGCACGCAGCCGCGUUAAGUGCAUGGACCUUAUUGCUGACCAAUAUGCCACUAGGGAGUCUCACCGAUUUAAUGGACAGCAAAGCCUUACCAUCGCUAGAUCAGUUAUCUGAACUGUUGGAAUCGCCGCACCUAGAAGUCCGUUUAACGGCAGGUGAAGCCCUAGCGCUGAUUUUUGAAGAAGGGAGGAAAGACAGUGCGGAUUUUGCUGACGACUUUGCAGUCUAUAUCACAGAUGUGAUUAAGAAACUGGCCACGGAUUCGCAUAAAUAUCGCGCGAAGAAGGACCGCAAACAACAGAGGGCCACGUUCAGGGACAUUCUUUCAUACAUUGAAGACGAUGUUGUUUCCGACGUGACUGUGAAGUUUGGUCGGGAAGUCCUGAUGUUGGACACGUGGGCGCGUAGGAAACAGUACGACGCCUUGUGUACCGUUUUAGGGCCUGGAAUUAACAUCCAUUUGGGGGAGAAUGACCUUCUGAGGGACAUAUUUGAGAUUACAGCCCCCAUAGUGCAGCCACAUGACACACCAGCGCACGCACAACAACACAUGGAGAGGUGUCGCAAGCGAUUACUUAAUGCCGCAGCGUUUAAAGCAAGGACGAUAUCACGGGCGAAAAAUCGGGACAAGCGAUCAGACUUUUAAUGCAUAUUAUGGGAUAUUUAUGUAUUUAUUUUAGCUCAAUUAUAUACCGACAGUAGCCGAUUUUGUUUUUAUCUGUAGCAGUAGCGAGAAUUUGUUGUCAUUAAUUAUUUGAAAUUUGUAAAUACGUUUAUGAAUAAAUUUACAAAUUUAA